GCCCCGGGGUGGGGGAGGCGCGGGGAGGAGCGCGAGGGGACGGGACAGUGGGAUUCCUCCCAGGAGCAGAGCCGCCCAGCGCCUCGUUCCUCCGCCGCUCCCCGCCCUCCUCGGCGGCCGUGAGCGCUGACCCACCCUCCCGCCAGACCGGGGACCUCCGCAGCUCCCCGCGACGCCUCGCGCUUCGCCGCCCAUUCGGUGGCUCCCUCGGUAGCCCGGGACCUGCCCGGCGUCCCCUGCCCCGAGAAGCUUCACGGCUUCUCUUUUCCUCUCGGCUGCCCAGGCGCCGCGGAGAAGCGACCCACCCUCCCCGGAGGAGAGGGAAGGCGAGGAUCGCGCCCGGCGCACCGAAACCGAGAGCGGGCGAACCGGAGUGGGCACCGCACAGGGCGUUUUGUGUGUGUGUGUGUGUGUGUGUGUGUGUGUGUGUGUGUGUAUGUGUAGCGUUGUGUCUGCUUUGCAAAGCGCUCUGGGGAGGUCCUGUCCCUAGGGGGCGGAGCGCAGGGGACCGAGGCUCCCGCUCCGUGUCGGGGCAGAGUCCCGCGGAGCACCAGCGCUGCCGAGGCUGCGGGCGGGACGGCGCGCCUGGCGGCKAAGCGGGCGCACUGAAGGAAGGUCGGCCAGUCCUCCGCCCAGCUCGGCCCCGCUCGCUUUCUGCUCACGUCGGCGGACCUGCGGAGGGGAGGCUCGAACGCGCCAAGCCAGCGCUCCGAGGAGCCCCGCAGCCCCGUCGAGGAGAGAGCGAGGUCCUGUUGGCUGCGCGCCCUGCAGGCGCCUGCUGUCUCGGGAGCGCGCCCACCGACCCCCAGCUGCCAGCUCGGAACCCGACCAGCGCGCACCAUGAGCGGCGGCGAAGUGGUCUGCUCGGGGUGGCUCCGCAAGUCUCCCCCGGAGAAAAAGUUAAAGCGUUAUGCAUGGAAGAGGAGGUGGUUUGUGUUACGCAGUGGCCGUUUGACUGGAGAUCCAGAUGUCCUGGAGUAUUACAAAAAUGAUCAUGCCAAGAAGCCCAUCCGUAUCAUCGAUUUAAAUUUAUGUCAGCAAGUCGAUGCUGGAUUGACAUUUAACAAAAAGGAAUUUGAAAACAGCUUCAUUUUUGAUAUCAACACUAUUGACCGGAUUUUCUACUUGGUAGCAGACAGUGAGGAGGAGAUGAAUAAGUGGGUCCGCUGUAUUUGUGAUAUCUGUGGGUUUAAUCCUACAGAAGAAGAUCCCGUGAAGCCACCUGGYGGCUCCCUGCAAGCACCAGCUGAUUCACCUUUUGCUAUAAAUACGGCACCACCAUCUGUCCAGGUGGAUCCAUCCUCCACAGCUCUACCUCCUUCCUAUCAGCUAAUCAGCCUUCCACCACACCCGGAAACUCUUGGCAUCCAGGAGGAUCCUCAAGACUACCUCUUGCUGAUCAACUGUCAAAGCAAGAAGCCUGAACCCACCAGAACCCACGCCGAUUCUGCAAAAUCCACCUCUUCUGAAACAGACUGCAAUGAUAACGUCCCUUCUCAUAAAAAUCCUACUUCUUCCCAGAGCAAACAUGGAAUGAAUGGCUUUUUUCAGCAACAAAUGAUGUAUGAUUCUCCACCGUCACGUGCUAUGUCUGUCUCUGUGGACUCCAGUCUUUACAACCUGCCCAGGAGUUACUCUCACGACGUUUUGCCAAAGGAGUCUCCAUCGAGUACUGAAGCAGAUGGAGAACUUUAUGUUUUUAACACCCCACUGGGGACAUCCAGUGUAGAGACUCAAAUGAGGCACGUUUCUAUUAGUUAUGACAUUCCUCCAACACCUGGUAAUACUUACCAGAUUCCACGGACAUUUCCAGAAGGAACCUUGGGACAGACAUCCAAGCUAGACAAUAUUCCAGAUAUCCCUCCACCUCGGCCACCGAAACCACAUCCAGCUCAUGACCGAUCUCCUGUGGAAACGUGCAACAUCCCACGCACGGCCUCAGACACUGACAGUAGUUACUGUGUCCCUACCACAGGGGUGCCGCCGUCACGUAGUAAUACCAUUUCCACCGUGGAUUUGAACAAAUUGCGAAAAGAUGCUAGUUCUCAAGACUGCUAUGAUAUUCCACGAACAUUUCCCAGCGAUAGAUCUAGUUCACUUGAAGGCUUCCAUAACCACUUCAAAAUCAAAAAUGUGUUGACAGUGGGAAGUGUUUCAAAUGAUGAACUGAAUGAAAACUACGUCCCAAUGAAUCCCAACUCGCCCCCACGACAGCAUUCCAGCAGUUUCACAGAACCUAUUCAGGAAGCCAAUUAUGUGCCAAUGACUCCGGGGACAUUUGAUUUUUCUUCAUUUGGAAUGCAAGUGCCUCCUCCUGCUCAUAUGGGCUUCAGGUCCAGCCCAAAGACCCCUCCCAGAAGGCCAGUACCUGUUGCAGACUGUGAGCCACCCCCAGUGGAUAGGAACCUCAAGCCCGACAGAAAAGGUCAAAGUCCUAAAAUUUUAAGACCCAAACCCCAUGGUUUAGAGCGAACUGAUUCACAAACCAUAGGUGACUUUGCUACAAGAAGAAAGGCCAAGCCUGCACCUUUAGAAAUAAAACCUUUGCCAGAAUGGGAAGAAUUACAAGCCCCAGUUAGAUCUCCCAUCACAAGGAGUUUUGCUCGAGACUCCUCUAGGUUUCCCUUGUCCCCACGGCCGGAUUCAGUGCACAGCACAACGUCAAGCAGUGACUCACAUGACAGCGAGGAGAAUUAUGUGCCCAUGAACCCCAACCUGUCCAGCGAAGAUCCAAAUCUUUUUGGCAGUAAUAGCCUUGAUGGAGGAAGCAGUCCUAUGAUCAAGCCCAAAGGAGACAAGCARGUGGAGUACCUUGAUCUAGAUUUAGAUUCUGGGAAGUCCACACCACCACGGAAGCAAAAGAGCAGUGGCUCAGGAAGCAGUGUGGCGGAUGAGAGAGUGGAUUAUGUCGUGGUUGACCAGCAGAAGACCCUGGCUCUGAAGAGUACCCGGGAGGCCUGGACGGAUGGAAGACAGUCCACGGAAUCAGAAACACCAACCAAGGGUGUGAAAUGAACAUAUCACCUUGCCAUUUCUGAACAAAAGAGAACCAAAUGUAGAGAGAAAUCCUGUUUGAAGAGGACGUGACACUUCUAUGCUAACUAGAUCCUCGAGUGAACAGAGUUGAAGUCAARGGACCUGUCACACAUAAUCAAGCAGUUGGGAUUGGAAAUGGUGCUUUGUGGUAUCUGAACAAUUUGUAACAUGUAAAUAAUGUGGAAAAAUAGUCUCAUUUAGCUCCCAGAGAAACAUUGGUCCCGUAGUUAACACAUUUGUAGUAUUACUGUAUUUAUGCACUUUUUCAUUUAAAACAUUGGUUUGGGUCUUCUCGAUGAACCUUAGUGGAAUUCCUUUAGGAAUUCCUGUUUUUUUUUCUCACACUACUCUCUAUAACAAUACUAAGUUAACUAAGCUACUUUUAGAUCUGGAAAUUGCUGUUGAAACUACAGUCUAACAACGUGAAAAUGAGAAGUAGGAUCCCAAAUUAGCUUUCUACCUGACAUUACAGGUGGUAACCAUUAGCUUGAACUACCAAGUCCUCCACUGCCUUUCAGUAUGCUGAGGAUAAUGUAUAUAUUGGUGUCAGGACCUAGUUCUCUGGUUCAUGUACAUUUAGUUUUUAAUGGAGGGACUUUGUUGUAUUUUGUUAAUGACAGUGUUUUUGGUUCAUUGAGUGAAGAUUCUGCCGGGUGGAAUCUUGGACCUUUGAAAGACUGAAUAUACAUUACACUAUCAAGUAACCCUGAAAAUCAUUGACAGCGUGCAGUGAUGACAUGCUCUUACGCUUGUUAACAUGUAUUGAGCAUUACUUGCAAAAGGUAGAUAAUAUAACUAAUCAGGUACGUACCGGGCACUGAAGUGCUAAUACACUGAUCAGGUUUAGACAAUGAGCUUUAGUUGUGUUGUUCUUCAUCCUAAUAUUGGUUUCCAGUGUGGAGUUAAGGAAACAGUUGACAUUCACUGUUAGUAAUAGCAACAUACUGUGAUUCUUAAUUAGACAGUAAUUGAGAUUUAUUACUCUUAAGAAUGAAAUUCUAUCUUUUGACACCAUAGUGCCCUUUCUAUGAUUUUACUUUACUUAAUAUUCUUCUUGGCCUUAUAUUUAAAUUCCUAUGCAAUUAAUGUUUUAUAUCUUCAUUUUUUAAAAAAAUAGAUGUUAUAUUAGUGAUUCUCAUGUAGUACCUGUUGUUUUUCCAGUAAAAGAAUUUAGGAUUUUGUACUGUGAUUUUCUUCACUGCCCCUGUUCGUGAAAUAUCAGAGCCUUGCUGUAAUGUGAAGUCCUCUACCCACGGACCCCUUCCAACCAGAUUUCCAAAACCACCAGAGGAAUGGCAUAAUUCUGUCUCACCUAUAACAUGGUCCUGUGUCACAGAUGUCAAGACCACAAACUGUAGUGAGACUACAGUUACAUUCAUCUUUCUUGGCUUUGCAACACACUUUAGAAAGCAGAUAUAGUUGUUUGGGGUUCUUUUUUAUUACCUAAGUCACGGACAGUCUCUUAUGUAUUGAUUUCAGACUUACAGCUUUGGGGGGGGGCAUUGAAAUGGGGUGCCCACCACUGAGGCACAACCCACUCCAUUCAGACCUCUCACUGUUGCCUGAGUACACAGAUGUGCCCUGAUUUCUGGCCCUUUGGCCCUAGUACUGUGCCUGAUCCAUGUGCUGGGUUAACUUUCCCAGUCCACAAACUAUGUGCUAAUUACAAGAUGAAUUAUAGACUAGUAACAUGUGAUGCUUUUAAAUGUUUGCUUUAUUUUAAACAAAAACUAAAACCCAGAACUGAAUUUUGAGGUGGAUUUUUAAAUAAAAAAAGAUCUGUUUGAUUUUGGUGUGCAAGCUGUUUUAUAAUAAAACCACAAAAUAAAAAUCUAAAAUCUUUGAAAUAUGCCUAAACUGUCAAAACACACAAUACAGUUGAUGUGUAAAGGUACACCAUUGACAUUUUACCUGGAGGAGGAACAUAUUUUGAAGUUUAAAACCCAAAACAAAUAUAUGAUUAAUUCAGAAAUAAAAAUAUUUCCUUAAARCUGCCUAUAUGGAGGGUCCAAAGCCAUUAUGAAUGUUUUCAGUGUAGUUUCUCAACUUUUUUACAAGUUACUCACUUUUUGUAGCUCUACAACACUCUGUUUUUUAGAAUACUUACCAUUAUGCUGAAGAAUGGAGGGUCUGGGGGAUGUAGCUCAAUGGUAGAUCAUGUACUCAUUAGCAUUUGUGAGGCCCUGGUUCAAUCUACAGCACCAAAAAAAUAAAGAGAAUUGAAAUGUUAUUAUAAAGGUAGUUUGCUUUAAAAAACUAAAUCACAUUAAAUUCUGUAUUAACAAAUUAAAUUAAAAGAUGGUUUCUUUAUAGAACAUUGUUUUUCAAACAUUUUUCAGGACUAGAAUAUUUUGAAAUUUUUAAUGUAUUAUUUCAAUACAUACAGCCCCCCAAGGUCGAUUUUAUCUGUAUAAAUGUUUUUCAAGUUUCUGCUUAUGUUAACUUGUUAGUUCAUUACUAUGAAAAACAAGAUUUCUGAAUAACACAAAUGUGGAGUUAUGGUGGAGGAAAUCUUAGCGGUUUGAGUGCUAUCAAUAAAACACGAAUAUAAGUGCUUAUAAUAACAGUCCAAACACACAUCUCUGGAGGAGUCUUUAAUUAGAGAUAGCUGAAAUUAUCUUCCAAAGACUAUAUAAAGAUAUAAAUUAUCUUGGUAGUAGAAGUUAACACAUAAGCAGUCUCCAGUGUGGUAAAAUAAGGUAUGUGUUAGGAUGUGUGGUUUUAGUAAGUUUUUAAAUAUGCACUUAAACUAAAUUGAAUGAUAUCCUUUUAACUCACCCGUAAAUCACCUCCAAGAAGCUAGAUUUCAGGGAGGCAUGGGAUGAAAACCACUCAUUACCCAUGUGAUGUUAGAGAUCAGAAAUCUUUCCCCCACAUUUGAUGUUUCAUAUCUUGUAUUCCUUAUUUGACAAAAUUUUAAGUUUUUUUAAAUUUUAUUUAUUUAUUGAUAC